AUGGCCUCUGCGUCCUCCGCUCGGAACGCCACCAACGCCCUCAAGACCGUCGCCGUCCUCGGGGCCUCCUAUGGCGGCGCCCGCGCCGCCCAACUCCUCGCCAACGGCCUCCCCCAGGACUGGCGCGUCGUCCUCGUCGACCGGAACAGCCACAUGAACCACCUCUACGUCCUCCCCCGCUACGCCGUCCUCCCCGGGCACGAGCACAAGGCCUUCAUCCCCUACCGCACCGUCUUCGACCUCCCGCCCGCACACGAUGCGCCGCCAGACGCUCCGAAGCCCCAGGUGGACCUCGCGCGGCACACGAUGCUCCACGCGAGCGUCGUGUCGCUCGGCGCGCACGAGCUCACGCUCGACAGGGCGUUCCCGGAGCACGGGCUCUCCGACGGCGUGCUCCGCUUCGACUACCUCGUCUAUGCGCUCGGCAGCCACCUGCCGUCGCCCAUCAACCUCUGGGGCGCCGUCGCGGACGAGGUCGAGAAGGACGGGGUCGUGGACAUCGUGCGGGGGACGAAGGCGGGCGGGAUGGCGUGGCUGAAGAAGUUUCAGGCCCGGGUCGCGCGCGCGUCGAGCGUGCUCGUCGUCGGCGGAGGGGCUCUCGGCAUCCAAUAUGCGACCGACAUCGCGGAAAUUUACCCUGCAACUCAGGUCACCCUACUCCAUUCUCGGCACCGCCUCCUCCCACGGUUCGAUGAAGACAUGCACACAGAAAUUCUCUCCACCAUGUCCUCACUCAACGUAUGCACCAUCCUCGGCGACCGCCUCGACCUCUCCUCGCUGCAAGACAAGAGCACUGGCGCCGAGCGCGUCGUCCGCACACAGAGCGGCCGCGAGAUCCGCGCCGAGCUCGUGCUGCUGUGCACGGGCCAGACGCCGAACACGACCCUCCUGGGCGAGUCGUUCCCCGAUGUGGUCGUCCAGGACGGCCCGAACAAGGGCAUGGCGCGCGUGCGGCGCACGCUGCAGCUCGCCGCACCCCUCGCUGGGUCCCACGAGGAGCCGACACUUCCUGCGGAGGUCUUCGCUGCACCCGAGCCCGCGUCUGAGGCGCCCACGACGCCCGCCGUAGAGCGGGAGCUCGCUGAGCCUUCCUCGUCUCAGGUCGCGGAGGCUUUGGCAGAGGCUGAAGAGGAGGAGCUCGAGGGAGAGGAGGAGGAAGAGCCGGAGCCGAUCGAAGAAGACCCGUACACGCGCGUCGCGGCGGAGCACAUCUUCGCUAUCGGCGAUGCCGCCGACGCGUUCGGCGCGGUCAACGCAGGCCACAACGCCUUCUUCCAGGGCGAAGUGGCCGCACGUAAUAUUUUGAAGCUCGUUAAGCAGGCCGCUGCGGACGAGGACCUGGAGCUGCAAAAGUACGUCCCCGGCGCGCCCGCGAUCAAGGUCUCCCUCGGCCUCACGAAGAGCGUGUACCAGUUCCAGGGCAUGAUCGGCAUCCGGGACAAGGAGCCCGCGGACCUCGACGUGCACCUCAUCUGGCGGUACUUUGGGCACAACGUCACGCGCGAGGACCUCGAGGCCGACCCGGACGUCGGCGCUGCGGAGCCGAAGGCCGUCACUGCGUGA